GAUCAAUUUAAACUUGAAAGUAGGCAAAAAAGAAAUAAGUAAGAAGCAAAAGAUUGCUCUAUACAAAUAUAUUUAUAAUUAUAAAAAUCAUUGGCCUUUUUUCCAUACCGUACGAAGACCAUUGUGCUUUCCCCUCUCUAUGGUCUAAAAAGGUGUCUCUUUUUCCUCUGUUCUUCACUGCUCGGGCUUCACACUGUGAAUCCAAUCUGAUAAGAAUCUCUGAGAUCGACAAGAAAAACAACAAAAGGAAAUGGGAAACGUGCUAAGGUCUCUAUUUGGGCAUUGCUGCAAACCCACUACCACUGAUGACCACUCUCAAUCACUUGGCCCCCAUGGCAUUUCUGCUGCCAACGUUGGCGUUUCGGCUCUUGCCCAGGACCUUUUCCAGUUCCAGAUCACUUCUCAGGUCCCAGAAGGACUCAGCAAGCAUGUCAUCUCGUCCAGGAAGGCUCAGGCUAAAUGGUAUGGAAAGCUAGUUGAGGCUUGGAAGGAAGCCAAACCACCUCCAAGAACAGCUGAAGAAGCAGCUAGGCUUAUAAUCCAAACCUUGAGCAGUCAUCAAAAGCCAGACAUUGAGGGCUUAUUGGCUUUCUAUGGUCUCCCUCUUCCUGAAACUCUUGUUGAACUUUCUGCUGGCGUCCCCGCUUCAUUACCUGAGGAAGUGAAGUUUGAAAUGCAAACACUACCAGUUGAUGCAAAGGCAGUUGCAGAUGGUGAUACAGUGACAGUUUAUGUCAGUGCAGCCGACCCCCGGGAGUCAUUGUGCAUACCCCCAGAAGUAAACAUAGCAGCUGUGAAAAGAUCCAAAGCGCGGGAAAAGAAGAAAUAUGCUAAGGCUGAUGAACUCCACAAUAGGAUAAUCGAUGCUGGAUAUCGGGUACUAAAUAUUCAGAACCAGGAGAUUCUUGCUCGGAAGUAUAGGAUUCGAUUGCGGGGAAUAGAUGCACCAGAAGGUGAAAUGCCUUAUGGAAAUGAAGCCAAGGAGGAACUGGCUAAGCUUGUUCAGGGAAAGUGUUUGAGAAUUCUAGUCUAUGGCGAAGAUCGUUAUGGUCGUACUGUGGGUGACAUAUAUUGCAAUGGCAUUUUUGUACAGGAAGUGAUGCUAAAAAAAGGGUGUGCCUGGCACUACAUAGCCUAUGACAAACGCAUAGAAUUUGCAAGGUGGCAAAAGGAGGCUCGAGCAAAGAGAAUGGGGUUAUGGGCUUUACGAAACCCUGAGGAGCCAUGGGACUGGAGAAAGAAACAACGUGAAGGUAGAUUGUAGACAAACUCGAAACCAACUGAAAUAGAGUUGUACAUAGUUUUUAUGUAUGGGUGAUCAUGUUGGAGUUGGAGUUUGUAGUUUAUGAAUUGUUAAUCAUGUUGGAGUCUGAAUUUAUCGUCAAAUAUGAAUUGCAUCGUGGAAGACUAAUGUUUGUAUUAUCAUUAAUAUGGUGGAGUGAAUUUCCAAUA